UUCAGGCUUUCACCGUAUGAGAGAAAGUUACACAGACUCCCGGCUUCUUUUGAUGAAGAUGUUUUUGAAGAACUUGCACAGUUCAUGGGGUCCAGAAUGAGAUCUUCUCAAGGCAGGGCAGGUUCAUCUUUUGUGUCAGGAGACGAAGCUAGAACGGCUCUUGCUGCUGCAAGAGCUCUUCCACCACCAUCUCGACCCUUCAAAGAUGAUGAAACCCCUCUCUCAGGUACAACGAAACAAUUGGCCAUAACAAGUGGGGUUGAACCUUUCUUCCAUGGCUCAAGAGGGGGUUUAUUAGGGUUAGACACACUCGUGGACGUUUCAGGAUCUUCAUCAUCUAAAGAGCUCCGUAGAAUAGGGAAGAUAAGAAUGACAUGGGAGGAAUCAGUGAGUUUAUGGGCAGAAGAAGGAGAAAUACAUAGAGGGAGAGUGAGGCUUCAAUCUUCUAGCUUUCUGAACGCGGAUGAACUCACUUGCUUUGAUGAGGCCAUGGUGCCUUGUCCUAUGGAAUAUUUCGAAGAUGGGCCUCUGAAAGGUUUUUCUGUUGACAGAUUCGUUUCCGGACAGCAAGUCAAAGUUUUUGGCAGAAGAAAGUCUUCCCCAGCCUCAGAUUCUUCUGGUUUUGCUGAAAGAGUCCAACUUCCCUCCAAAGCACUUCCCAUUAGAUCGAUUGCUACAUUGGAUUUUCGAGACCCAACAGAAUACUACAUGGAAUGUCUCUUACGUGCGUACCCACAAACCCUCCCAAGUCUCUACGAGUUAAGGCGCCACCUACAAGAGCCACCACCGGAAGACCUACGUUUUCCUCUCCGAAGAGAUGUGUACGAGGAACUUCCCCAAGGGAAGGAACUCUUCUUCACAACCACACCCGAGCCCUUGGACUGCAGAACCAUAAUGUACGACAUCGUGGGCCCCAUUAUCCGCAUCCACAACCCUAGCCUCUCCCUCGCUGCAUCAUCCAGCCGCGACUCCUUCAUCCCCCUCUGGGACGAGUGCAUCAACCGCGUCAUCCAAAAGUUCUGCCCCGAAGAACUCACCCUAAUACGAAAACCCACGUCACCGCCACCAGAAUCGACGAACCAGUCCAUGUUGCAAGACCAAUGGCCCAACGUAACCGGUUUCGUCAACAAUUACUGUCUCUGGAGAGGCGAAGAAACGCACCAGUUGAAAGAGUCGCAACCCAAUCCAUCAACGACGUUAGUAGGGAAACUCAUGUGGACAUACAUGGAUCUUCCGUACAUUCUCGGAUACUACGCGGUGGCCAAUACUGUGACGUUUUGCGCGCUGAGUAGGUCGCAGGAUGGAAUAAUCAACCGCACCGAUUUACACGAAGUGAACUUGACCACCCCGGUGGAAAAGCUGAAGGCUUUGGUUCCGUGUUUCAGAAUAGGAUUGUUGUUAGCGUUGUUGAGUAAGCGUUGCGCGAGUAUAAGCAACUGCAAGGGAUUUACAUACAGUGAUUUCGAGAGGGUUUGCUACGGUAACGGGGUGGUGACGGAGGUGACGCCGAGUACGUGCACGAGGGUGUUUAUGGAGAAGCGCAAGUGGAUGGCGGUGAAGGAGGUUUAUGAGAUUCUGGACCACAGGAUACCGCAUGCAGAGGUUUUGGUGGGUUUUUCGGAGAGGGAACUGGGGUUGUCGUUUAAGCCAAGAGGCUGCCGUGUGAAGCCGGGAAACUGCGAAGAGUUGGUGGAGGCAUUGAAGUUCGUGACGAAGGCGAUGGUGGCUUUACACGACCUGUCGUUCAUGCAUAGGGAUUUGAAGUGGGAGAAGGUGAUGCGGCGGAGGGAUCGGGAGGAGUGGUUUGUGUGCGGGUUUGACGAGGCGGCGGGAGCACCGGAGCUGAAGGGACACGUGUCAGGGACGCGUGGUGGGCACGCGCCGGAGAUGGAACGGGGGUUGCAUGGGGUGAAGGUGGAUGUUUGGGGAGUGGGGAACUUGAUUAGGACGUGUGGGUUGGGAGGGGUGCCGAAGAUGCUUAGGGAGUUGCAGAAUCGGUGCAUGGAGCAGAACCCGGAGCAGAGGCCCACGGCGGCGGACUGCUACCACCACCUGCUGCAGCUGCAGUCGUCGCUGUCAGCCGCCGCCGGGGGAGUCAUGAUGAUGUGAUUGAUGAUGAGAAUGGAAAGGCAUUGUUUGGUUGGUUGGUUUUAAUUUAAUGUGACGAGAGAAUAAUUUCGUUGUUGGUCUAGGUUCGGGUCGGGGUUUAUUAUGUAACUUUUUUGGCAUUGGAUAUUAUUUGAUUUGAGAAUUUGAGAAUUUGAAAGGGAAAAUGAUUUUUUUUCAAAUAAUGUUAUU